AGAGAAUCGCGAGACGAGAGGUACAGUAACAGUAGUGCGACUCCCGACAACUGAUAACAGUGUACGUGUGUGAGUGAUAAUGCACCAAUAUGUCGUUGUACUCCAGGAACUAUGGGUCAUGGUCUAGCAAGAGUCCCGGCAGUACAGCCACAGACAAGGCUCCGGCCUCCUCGCUGGACCGGAGUAGUCGCUAUGGAUCCACCAACCUCAAGACCUCGGGAAGCACCUCCUCAACCUCCACCUCCAGCUACCGACCCCUGACGGCAACCUCGGUACGGGAUAGAGCCGCCCAGCUCGAUACCUCACCCACCUCCGACAAACCGUCCAUCAGGGAGAAGUACGCCAGUAGGAGUUAUGGGGUGGACUCGAUUCUGAGGAAGAGUCCCGAGCCUAAACCCGAGGCCAAAGUAUCCACGUCAACCUUCAAGAGGUACGGGUCAGGAUACAGCCCGACUUCAGAAACCCCGACCCUCAGGUUCGGCAGCACCAGCAGAUUUGGAGGCCAAAUAGCACGGAGUCCUAUCACGGAAAAGUCCCCGACUGUCUUCGGAGUUUCUGGAUACUCGAGGACGAGGGACUCUAAGGAUGAGAAGGAAGAGAAAAGUGAAACUCCAACGGAGAUGAUGACCGUCAUCACGAGGGGGACGUCGCCGACUCCUCCAUCUAACUCAACAUUCCUACGGGCGAGGAGGGCAGAGAUGGACAGAACGAUAGAAAAGACGAUACCGAAGUUGAAACCUAGACAUACUAAAUAUGACGUGGAAUGUCAAACGGAUGAAAAAUGCAUAGAGGAUGCAAAAUUAGAAAGUAAGUUGUCAGCAGCGAGUGCUCUGACCUCAAGGACUCCAUCACCGUCAUCGUCAUACUCUAGAUUCUCCUCGGUUAACACCAAAUAUACUCCGAGAACAUCCGCCUAUCACGGUACAAGGCCGACAGAGUUGAGUUUGAAAUCAAUGUCGGUGAAUAAGGCUACAAACCAAGAAGACGCUAAGACGGAAGAAAGUCCAAAGGACGAAAAGAUCAAGAGGUUAGAGGGUAAAGACACCACGCGAAUAGGAGGUUUCAGUUACGCGAGGCCAACGGAUCUACCAAUGGCUUUAAACAAAGCGAUGGCAGACACCGAUAAAGGAGAUGGGCUAGUAUCACCAUCGAAGAUUAGGAGCAUCUCUCCACAAGCUCCAAAAUCUCCUAGAAGUAGUUUAUCGGGUGAUGAUAUAAAUAAAUCGUUUAAGAGUACGUUAAAUAGAGCAAGUAGUUUAGAUAGGUCUAAUGAAGAUACUUCAAAACAUUCCAUUAAAGGUGAGGUACAUUCACCUAGCAUUGCAACAAUUCCAAAAAUACCUUUAUCUCCUUCGAUAUCUUCAGUCAAGCUGACAUCACCAGACAGAACGAAACUUCCUCCCCCUAGUCCAAAAGUUGAAUCUAUUAAGACUUUACCAAACAAAGAUUUUAGAAAAUCCGAAUUAAAUAUGAAUUUAUCUAGUUCAAAUGAAUCACUAAAUUCUCAGAAACUAAAAAGUCAAAAUGGGUUGGAACGGUCUCCCUCAACAAAAUCUCCGGUAAAGCUACAAACAAGUAAGUCAUUAGCAAAAUUACCAUCCAAUUCACCAUCUCCAAAACUGGUGGCAUCUCCGAAUCAGCUGAAGCCUACGUUCCUUACAACAAUUAAAAAGACAGAUACAACAGAGUCGAGCAGUGACGAAUCUAGUUCAACAGGAAGCUCGUCCGAAACCGAGAGUGAGUCAAGUGAGAGUGAAAAUGAUGAGCCCUGCUCUCGCUCAUCUGACUUUUAA